AGAUGGUAUCCCUUCCAAUUGAUUCUAUAUGAUGAUAGCUAUUGGUUAAUCUAUUCUUACUGAAUCUGUGAAGUCCAUUUUGAAAGUACUCUUAAGUGCUAUCAUGAAUUAAGCUUGCACAGUUAUAAUAUUUGCUAAACUAGGACUGCUAGAGCGGGCCUUAAUUUUGGUGUCAUUCAAAGUGAUUUUAAUUAAAAAAACCUGACCAUGCUAAUGUGCUACCAUCUCUUUUUAUAUACAUUUAUAUGCUUUCCUUCGAUGGAGUUAAGGGCAGUAUACAUAACAAUCCAUAUUUAAAUAUUUAAAUGCCUGCGUUUUGAAACAUGGACUUGUACAGUGAACCCCUGACUAAUAUGGCUGGUUUCAGAUUUUGACUUCCUUUAGGUGUGAAAAUCUCAGCAAACUCAGCACUAAUACCGUCCCAUAGGAAGCUUUGUACAGUACUUGUGACGCUCAACAGAAAUCUCUCAAGGGUUUUAUCCUUCCAAAGCUUGAAUUGCAGCAAUACCUUCACCGCUUCAUCUGGGAGUUACUUGUGUAACAAAGCAUUUUGCUUAGCCUUGUUAAUGAGUAGGAUGUGAAAUUGGGCAUAUACGGUAUUGGGAAAUAGAUGCAAAACUAGCAUGCUAGCUCUGACUUAGUUUGGAGAGAGUAUUUAAGAAAAUCAGGCCUAUCUUGCCAGCCAACUUUGUAACUGCAGUUCGGGCGUGACACUUGAAUUCCAGCAAAAAAAAUUGUCUAUUUGCAAAUAGGCGAGAGGCCAAAACUGACUUCUUUCCCCAACAUCUGCCAAACUAGAUUCCAAACAGGGAAUUUCUGAUGUUGUGGUUCUUCCUUGUUAGACAUCAACCUUACUCAUUCAAUGAGGGUUUCGUUUUGACAUACAGUUCCUGAAAUCAUGCAGCAGGUGACUUUUUGAACAAAAGAAAAUCUGUCUUUUAGGAUUUCAAAUUUGUCAGAACUGUGAUGAGUUCUUAGAAAGCUGGAUCUAUCUAGCUAAAUAUUUACCCUGACUGGAAGCAGCUUUGCAGACUCUGAGGCAGAGGGCAUUCUCAUUCUUACCUGGAAAUGCCAGGGACCAAACCUUUCACAUGCAAAGCAUAUGCUCUGCCACCCUUUUAAGAGUUGUGAGGAAGGAAUUGUCCCCGUAGGGGUUGACUGGUGUUUUGUCAGGGGGUAUCUGGGACCCAGGUGGCGCUGUGGUUAAACCACUGAGCCUAGGGCUUGCUGAUCAGAAGGUCGGCGGUUCGAAUCCCUGUGACGGGGUGAGCUCCCGUUGCUCGGUCCCAGCUCCUGCCAACCUAGCAGUUCGAAAGCACGUCAAAAUGCAAGUAGAUAAAUAGGAACCGCUACAGCGGGAAGGUAAACAGCGUUUCCAUGUGCUGCUCUGGUUUGCCAGAAGCGGCUUUGUCAUGCUGGCCACAUGACCUGGAAGCUAUAUGCCGGCUCCCUUGGCCAAUAAUGCGAGAUGAGCGCGCAACCCCAGAGUCGGUCACGACUGGACCUAAUGGUCAGGGGUCCCUUUACCUUUAUCUGCAUGACAACAAAACUGCUAAUACCUGGCACCCUGAUAACACAUGGAUCUGAAUAGAUGGCAAGGUCUGGCACAUUGUCUCUCGAACAAAGAAAAAGUCUUGUGGCACUUUAAAGACUUAACACAUUUAUUACUGCAUAAGCAUCCCUGGAUUGUGGUCCACUUCAUCAGAUGCAUGAAGUGGGUGCAAAACAGUUUUUGGGUGGGGAAUGAAAUGCAGCAAAGGUUGCACAGUGGUAAUUAUGCACUUAAUGGUGGUAUUGGUAAUUCACAGAAACAGCUGCUGGUUGCACAGGCAUCCUGGCACUGAUAAGCCAGUUCACAUAAAUCAUGUCCUAAAAAUCAGGUUCAGUCCAUAAAAUAAUGGCAGUACAAAUGCUUGAACUUCUUAAUGCAAUCUCCCUACAAAGUUCCUUUAUCACCACCAUCGUAAACUUUAUUGCACUAGCCAAAGGCCAUGGUGUCAUCUGAUUACUUCAUCUUGAGUAGCUCUUCCCAUUCAGGUGGUUUGAUGUAUUGCAGUUCAGUAGUUUCAUGUUACAGUCCCCCUCUGUUGAAGUUCCUUGGAGUAGUUCAUCCCAUUUUGAUAGGCUUUGAGUUAAGUGGAUUUUCUUAUAGUCAAGAGGAAUUUCAGAACAUGAUGGCUGUCAAACUUGGUUAUCUUUAGAGAACCAUUUCUACAUUGGCAUGUCUGCUGAGGGACCUUUGAGCAUCUGCUGUAUGUUGCAGAGGAUUCUGGACAAUGUUCUGGAGAAGAACAUGCUGUUUGUGUUGGGUAUUCAUGUACCGCCAAACCCACCCAGCACUCUCUAUCUGCUCCACCUUGCAGGAGAACUUGAGUACAGUCAAACCUCGGUUUGCGACCACCUCCGUUUGCGACUGCUUCGGUUGCCGACCACCGCGGACCCGGAAGUGUUUACAUCCGAGUUCCGCAGCGCUCGGAUACGCAGAAGCGAUCUGCACAGCGUGCGCAGAAGUGCUCUAUCGAUGCUUCACGCACGCACAGAAGCGUGCAUCGCGGAGCAACUGAUUCGGGGAGUGACUGGCUCCGCGGAAUGGAUUGCGGUCGCAAACCGAGGUAUGACUGUAGUGGCUGGCAAGUUGCCUUUAGGCAGCUUGUCUGCCAUUAGUCAUCUUCUCAAUGAGAAGCUUCUUGUUUCUAAGGUUCCAAAAAUGCUGUUAGAAAACUGCCUCCUAAAGAAAUAUACACAGUAGUUGUAUAGGUAACCCUUGCUCCACAGUGUUAUGGUAUAUUUGGGCUUUACUCUGAGACAAAGUUGUGAAAGGUAGCUAGACAGUAUAAGGCUGAGCAGGAACAGAGACUGGUUUGCUUAUCCACAAAAUGGGUGUUGUCUCAUGUUUGUCAGAUAUAAUUUUAUCUGUUGGCUGAAUCAGUGUGCACUUUAGUCAGAAUUGCAUAUAUGGGGAGAGCUUCCUAUUUGCAAUAAUCUGGAAUGAUAAAUUAGCAAAAUUGGUUUUUUUAAAAAAAUGUGCAGGGACUUCUGUGGUUAACUGCCAAACUUAAAUUUGUUCAGCUUAAGUUAUCGCCCAUUGCUUCCCAUUUUUACCUGUAGUUUGUUUUCUAGACUAGGAAUGGUGAGUGAGCCUGUGGACCUUCAGAUGUUGCUGGACUACAUCUCCCAUCAUCCCUAGCUAGCAGGACCCAGUGGUCAGGGAUGAUGGGAAUUGUAGUCCAUAAACAGGUGGAUACCCAAGUUUGGGAAACACUGAUCUGGAGGGUCACAGACUUCUCACCCCUGCUUUAGACUACUACCUUCUUAUUUCAGUGUUUUUCUGUUAUAAGCUGGCAAUAUUGAAACUUGGUCACUGAGAAAAUUUGUGUGUGGGUGCAUAAACUGAAUGGAAACCUAGAGACAGUUUAUUGCAAACCCAUAACUCAGGCUUCCGGACUUUGCACCCUCCAAAUAUCCUGGACUACAGCAACCAGUCUCAAAUAGCAUGUUCAGUGGUCAGGAUUACGGGAGUUAUCGCUCCAACAGGGUCUGGAGGGGGAACCGUGUUAGGAAAAGCUGACAAGUGCAUGGCACUAUCCUGCGCCAUAGAUUCUAGUCUUCCAACCCAAGAUUCACACUCAUUUGAGGUACAGAAUAUUUGAAACUGGUCAAAUGUGAAACUUGGCACUAAGCAUCACCUAGCUAAUUCAUUAUUAUUCAAUUAGGCCUAGGAAGUGGUAGCAUGCAUAGCAGGAAAUACAUUACUUUCCAGUCUGUCUUUAUGUUUGUGGUGGUUCUUUUAACCCUUUUUGUCACUCAUACAUGGAUUUGGGCCAUUUCUUCAAACUGUUACAAGAAGUUCAAAUUCGUGAAGUGUCUCAAUAUUGGUUUGGUCGCUGACCGAACUUGCUAAUGCUGGUUCCGGUCGCAUGUCUGUUGCGGCUUCCUUUCCAGCAAUUGAAUUCAAUAGAGUCUGUCACUGCUGCUUAAUCAGCUUGCCACUUCCUGUUUCUGCACUCCCAAGGAAAGUUUCCAGUACUCAUGGGCGGGGCAAAUUUGCUGCAUAAAGAAGCCUUAUUAGAGACAGUGCACAAGUUGCACUUCAUUCAGCUGCCUGAACCAAUCCGUGCAAUUUCAGAUUGCAAUGUGGUUUCCAUCCAGCAACUUCUGGGUUCCUGGGUGAGCAUGGUGAUGAAUGUGCCCCUGUGUUUGCUUUUGAGAAUGCUUUUCAAGUGAGACUUGGUACAGCAGUGUUUCUCCACCUUGGGUCUCCAGGUGGUUUUGAACGACAGUUCCCAUCACCCCUGACCACUGGUCCUGCUCGCUAAAGAUGAUGGGAGUUGUAGUCCAAAAACAGCUGGAGACCCAAGUUUGGGAAACACCGUUUAGAGGAAGAGUUGUUCCUCAAUCAGACUGCUUAAAAUAAAUAUAAAAUAUUAUAUUUCUGGGGUUGUCUGGUGUAGAGGAGGACGAGGGCUGAUAAUUGUGUUUCAUGUGAAGCAGAAGACUGUUAGGAUGGAGCAGAAAUCUGAACUAUGGAUCUUCUGUGUUGAAAUUCUGCAUUGGAAUCGCUGCAUCUGAAAUUGCUGCAUAUUUCUACAUGAUGGGAGGAGCACCCUUGUUAAAUUAGUACACUUUUCAUCAACAUGGUUUGGUUGAAAUUUUAAAAAAGAAUAUUCAAAUUGAUGACAGUGGUACCUUGGUUUUCAAACGUAAUCCGUUCCGGAACACCAUUCGAGUUCUGAAACGUUCGAAAACCGAGGCGCCAAGGGCGGUCUGCAAAUUUAAUUGAGAAAAUUGAGGAACACUCAGCGGAAGCCAUUCGACUUCUGAGGUGCUUCGGAAACGGAAGCAUUUACUUCCGGGUUUUUGGCGUUCGAAAACCGAAACGUUUGUCAAUGGAGACGUUCGAAAACCAAGAAUAUUGGACUCCUUUCCUCACAAGCCCACAAUGGCAGUGGAUGUAGCCAUGCAGGUCUACCUGCGCACGCCCUACUUGCGAAGGGAGAGUUUUGCCUGCAAAAUUGCUCCGAAGCAGAAGAUGCCUUUGCGGCCUUGCAUCCAUUUGCACAGCAACACCGAGCUGAACGGACUGGGGGAGGAAGUCAAAGCUCUGCAGAGCAACCGGGUGAAAAAGAGGGUUUCCUUUGCGGACAGCAGGGGCCUGUCUCUCACGGUCGUUAAAGUGUUCUCCCAGUUUGAUGAGCCCUUGGAGAUCCCGUUUAAUAUCACGGAACUAAUAGACAAUAUUGUGGGCCUGACGACCGUGGACAGAGACGACUUUGUCUUGGAUUUCAUACAGCCUUCUGCAGAUUAUUUGGACUUCCGGAAUCGCCUCCAGGCCGACUACGUCUGCCUUGAAAACUGCAUGCUGAAAGAUAAAGCCAUCGUCGGCACCGUGAAAGUCAGGAAUCUUGCAUUUGAGAAGGCUGUGAAGAUCCGGAUGACAUUUGACACCUGGAAAACCUUCACAGACUACCCGUGCCAGUAUGUUAAGGACACAUAUGCGGGUUCAGAUAAGGACACGUUCUCCUUCGAGGUCAGCUUGCCGGAGAGAGUUCAACCCCACGAAAGGAUAGAGUUUGCUGUGUGUUAUGAGUGUGAUGGCAAGGUAUACUGGGACAGCAACAAAGGCCUCAACUACAGGAUCAUACGGUCCGAACUCAAAUCUGCCCGGGAGAUUUCUCAGCCGCAGGGUGGACCCGGGUUUGGGAUUGCUUUUGACCAGUUUGGAAGCCCCCGGUGUUCCUACGGCCUGUUUCCUGAAUGGCCCAGCUACACAGGGUAUGAGAAACGCGGGCCUUAUUACUGAAUGAAAGAUCUGGGCUCUGUAUUUGCAAACAUCCUCUGCUCAGCAAACGCCUGGGAGUUUGCUGCCAGGGGGCGAUUGAGAAAGGAGGCUCGCAUGGUUUAGAGUUGGCAGAAACUGAAACUAAAGGACUUGUGAAACUUCUGACUGCAGAUGGUUUUUAAAAACAGAUGCUCUUAGCAUCAUCCUGGAUGUAAUGAAUUUAAACAGCUAGAAAAGGGGAGAUCUCUUUGCUGUCUUAAGACUAAUGCUGCCAAGUCUCCCAAGUCCAGUUCAGCUUUCACUGCUUCAGUCCAAGCAGUUCUGCUUACAUGCCUUGAGCUUCACCACAGUAUUGUAAGCCGUCCAGAGAAAGGUUUGCCUAGCUUCACCUGUUGAACUAUGGAACCCUGCUGGGGUACACAUCUCCAAAAAGCUAUUCCAUGUUUGACAAGGAACUAGGGAGAGAAUAUCCAGCCUUGUGAGGGAGCUAUGCUAGCAUCUUCCCUUAUCUACUUUGUCCGAUCUGGAAGAGACCAAGGCGUUCAAAUAGAAGUGGCUGUAAUUUUAGCUUGUAUUAUGACUCUGCUCCCUUCCAUUUUAGGAAAUGCCUUCAUUUGUGGGAAGAUGCCAGGGCGCUUGCUCACUGUUCUGCCUCUUUUUUUGACAAGAACAGUAUGUUUUAAGUUCUUCUCAAUGGCUGAGGCAGGAGCGUCUUUUGGGAGGUCAUUGGUGUUACAAUCUCGUAGCCCCUGAGCCAAAUGUGUGUGUUAGCGUAGGUUGAGGGGCUGCGAUCUUAUUAAUGUACCUUGAACAACUACUUUGGGUUGGCUGCAAAGAGUAAAAAUAUCUAUUUUUUUAUGAACACGUAACUUUUCAUAUGACCAUUUUAUUUAAAUGUAUUUCUUUUGAGCCCGGAAUAGUUGUCUGGUUAAAUAACUGUUUUGUUUUACUACUUCCCCAUCCCCAUUAAUUUUUAUAAAAUUGAGUGUUACUGACAAAAUCAAAUAAAGGUUAUCGACUUGUAUGAGGAAUAUUCGUUAUGUUCAGUGCAACAUCCCAGCCCCAUUGCUCACUCACAGGAGGAGGAGGGACUGUACAUCGGUGAUAACAGCAUGUGUUCUCUGCAUGCAAAAAAGCCCAGGUUUAAACCCUGGGAUUUCUGGGUAGGACAUGGAGUAGGAGGCAGUUUUGCGUGUUCCUGUAGGCUAGGAAAGGAGAGUGGAUACAGGGCAGGAGGAAGCAAAGGCCUUCUCUAUAAGCCAAAAAGAAAAAAAAAGAUUUGGGUUGUUAAUUUCCACACUAGCUUCACAGUACAUAGCUACAGCAGACAGCCAUGUUUCAUGGUCCAUUGGGGACUGUUAGAUCCAAGCCCCUACGUUGUGACUUGAACACUAAAUAAAGCCAUUUAGCUUCCCUCCACCCUUUGUACUGUGUAAUCCCAGCUCACAAGAGCUUUUGACUGCUGCAAGGGAAUUCAACCCAAACACAUGAGACAAACGAAUCUGCGGAGUAUUGCGGCUCAGUCGUGGAGCAAACUGAGUUAUGCCAGCUCUACCCAAGUGCCCAAGUGUGGGGUUACAGUGAGGCGGACUGAAAGUUAAUUUUGUUACGUGAGCUAUAGCUCCAUAAUCUGCUGGUGAAAUAUUGCAAGACUCUUGGGUCACAUUUCUCAGUGCCCAGCUACCUAACCCUACUGGUUCCUCUUGCAUUCUGUUAUAUAAAACUGCCCAGAUCAUCUUGAAUUGUAAAGUACAUGCAUCCAUACAAUGCUGUGUGCUUUAGGUUGGCACGCAAUAGAAGAACUUUGUAUUGGAAUGUCCAUUUGCUGUUCCAGUAUGGGAAAGGGUCCUAAUUUAUGUGCCACUAAUAGCCUCUUAAAAAUCCUGAAAAGCUGGCACAUCCCUCAUCUAACUCAGUAGGAGUUGUGUCAUUUCCCACUUGUUCAGUCUGCACAGACAGAACCUGAAUUCCUACUUGGAACUGUGCUUAUAAGCAUCUGCAUGUUGCAAAUGUCAGAUUUAAGUACCCAGGUGGUCUCGGAUGCUAGUGCUUUUAAAACAAAAAAUCUACUCCCCCCACAAAGAGUAGAAAAUAAUCUGCUAGGGUAACUUGGUCUGAGUCUGGCUUCCUAAGAGUUGGUGCUUAUCUAGCCAGCAACCCACCUUCUCCAUUACUAACCCAGAAUGGAAGGAGCGGCUUCCGUAGCACUGGGAUGUUCUGGGGAGAAGCGGGAGUGGUUGAAUCUGCUCCAAUGUCUUCAUUUAUUCUCUUCGGUUACGGAAAAAGCGAUCCAGCUCACUGCUAUGGUUGCGAUAGCUUUAACAAAGUGAUAGAAGGAAAGGAUUUAUUUCCCAGCAAUGAAAACCGUAACGAAACACGGCUGCUCCUGGCAUAAAAUAGUGCACUUCCUACAAUUCUUCCAAGUGCAGAAAUGUGAACAAAGUUAAUUGAGCCUGUUGUAACAUAAAGGGCUUACUAAUGCGUAUGGGCGAAAAAUAGUUAAAAUACAACCUUGGGAUUGCAACUAGUAAGAUUACAAGAGCCUGCAUUAAAUGGCUUCAUCUUUUACGGAACAGUUUCUACCAGAUACUUAAAUUCCUCAUGGGAAAAUAAUGCUGUUUUUGCACUUUACUUUUGAGUAGAUAUCAUCCGUGGAAAAACCAGCAAAAUCACAAACGGUUGGUUUUUUUUUCCAGAACUGCCCCUAGAUGUUCAGCAAGGUGUUUUGAAUUAAGUAGGAAAGUAUAAGAGUGAGGCUUAAUCUUACAGGCCUCUAGUCAUAAGCUUACAGAUUAAAUACCUGCUUGUUUGAUCCACUACAUGUAAAACCUACAUACUGGGGCCAUGUGUAGGAACUGGACCAAGGACUGAAGUAAAUGGGGAAAGAAGUGCAGGGUAUUGGAACUGAGGAGCUCCAGCAAGAUCUCUACAUAAAUCCAUCAGACUGUUGAAAAAGUCAGGAUCCAAUUUCUUCCAUAAAGCUGAACUCCCAAGGGCUUAAAUUACUUCAGGACAGUACAUUCUUGUAAAUAAUAAUGUGUAGCUAGAUGGGUGGGGACUUCACUGGCUCUGCUAAAGGUGUCUGUAAGUAACUUGCCAGGCAAGCAGCUGGAGACAAGACUGUGAAAUGGAAACUAGGAACGGUUCUUCCAAACAACACCUUUCAUUUCAACUCUUCCCCUGCCAUUUUGUUUUUAAAGUCAUCUUCCUGGCUUCCUAGUUUCAAUUGCCAUUUUGAAUGUAACUGAGGAAUUGUCGUCCUCGGUUUUAUGCUUCAGUGCCUUGCAUGUUUUUAAUAUUUUGUACACAACUGAAAAAAUGCACUUUACAAUCACAAUGGAUUUGUUUUCUGUAGUGUUGUCUGUAAUAUCACAAUGCUUUUGUUUUUAUCUUGAAUAAAAGAAAAUGUUACAAGGA